CGACGAUUCAUAUUGAACCACAUAUUUCAUUCGUCGCGUCAUCGUCCAAGUGAUCAGAUGAGUCUUAAUGCCAGCCUAUGAUUACACGGGAUGGAUGCACCAGCAGGAUGUGUUUGUCGGCCGAUGUACGACAGUUCAACAUUAUCAUCGAAUCACUAUCGAGCUUAAUUCUUGCACACCAUUUACAUCAAUUCUCUCAUGAUAGAAGGCAUAGGUUUAAACCGGACAGCCUCAUCAGGUGUGGCGAUGAAUAGCAGACGUGAACUGAACGUACUCCCUCCAUUCAAUGCAUACAUCAUGAUUGGACCAGUGGUGUUGGGUGCGCUCGUUAAUGCCUGCCUCUUCGGCGGUCUCGUCAUUCAGACUUACGUCUAUCAUGCGAAUUUCCCCAACGAUCAUCGAGUAGUGAAGCUCACGACUGCACAUGUGAUCUGUGUAUCAGCGACACUGUGGAAAGUUGCUGUCAGUGGCUACGGCAACCCUCUCACGCUGUCGGUCUUCCCGCUUGGAGCAGACGCGGCUAUCCUCUUCACUGCAAUUACAGGGAACACUAUAUAUAUGCAGUCAUGCUUCGCGUUUCGGCUGUGGAAGCUUUCGAAAACACUUACUCUGCCCCUUAUCUCGCUGGCACUGUGUUUAUUAGCUCAGUCCAUUGCACUCACGAUGACAGUGAAAGCUUUCGCCAUGACAAACCUUCUGACGUUCGAAACUGACGAAAACAAGCUGAUCACGCUUUCACUCACCUCUCGUCUGGUUUGUGAGUUGACACUUACCUUGUCCAUGGCGUGGUACCUCAGGAAGCAACGAUCGUCGGCAUUUGUGAGAACAACGACCAUAAUUGACCGUUUGGUUCUGUGGACUCUCGAAACUGGCCUUAUGACUAGCCUGGUCGUGGUCUUAGUCAUGAGCUUCUUCCUAGCAAUGAAGCAGAAUUACAUAUGGGUUGGAUUAUAUGCAACCCUUGCAACUGGUCUACUAAACGGCAGAUUAAUCCUCCGCGUACCGAACCAAAGCUUGAACAUGAAUCCUCCGAGUAGUUCAGCUGGUAGGCGUAGCCGUGAAACCCAGUCUCUUGUGAUCAACGUCACGCGAACAGUCGGAACUGUUCCAGAUGUUUUCAAAUACGACGAGGGUGAAGUUUAGGACCGAGGAACCGGAUAGUGACAAUAACGACAAUCCAUACAUUAUAUGAUGAGGCUAGUAUAAAUCAACUACUGGUCGCCGAUUUGGAUGCACGUACGGGAACACCGAGAAAUGUAGACAAAGAGCCAGAUGAUAACUGUCUGUUUCAAGGAGGCAUCCACGAGCCUUAGCCGUUGCAUCGGUUAUUCAAGAUAUACC